AUGGAGACGCCGAGCAAUGGUGCCAUGCAGAGGAGCUCCGUCGCCACCAAUGCCACCAUCGACCUCGAAGCUCUCGACUGCACCAUAAUCCCCUCAACCCCCCCCCCCCCCCCCACCAUAAUCUGUGGAGUUGGGCAUGUCAUCUGCUCGUGCUGCCAUGGCAAGCUCGUCGACAGGAUCAGGUGCCACCUCUGCAACAUGGACGGCGGCUACAACCGCUGCAUGGCCGUCGAGCACAUCCUGCAGUCCAUCUUGGUGCCCUGCCCCAACGCCGCCCACGGCUGCACCGCCAAGACGGCCUACCACGACGGCGAAGGGCACGCCGACGAGUGCCCGCACGCGCCGUGCUUCUGCCCCGAGCCCGGCUGCGGCUUCGCCGGCGGCACCGCCGAGCUGCUCGCCCACUUCACCGCCAGGCACGGCUGGCCGCUCACCGUCAUCAGGCGCAACAACAGGGCGGUCGACCUCCAGCUGCAGGAAGGCAGGCGGGUCCUCCACUUCCUGGACGUCGAGGGGGACGGCGGCCACCUGUUCCUGCUCAACGUCGCACCGGCGGGCCCGGCCGGGGUCGCUGUCGGCACCGUGCUCCUCGUGGAGCCCCGCGUCGGCGCGACGUCGACACCCGCACCGCCCAUGUUCGAGUGCCACGUCGCGUUCUACUGCCGCGCCACGGGCUCGCGGCAGUCGUCGGAGUUCGCGGUGAGGAGCACGAGCCUCUCCGACGGGUUGCCGGUGGACAGCUACGCGUUCGUGGUGCCCAAGGUUGGUCAGCCUCCCGCCACCGCCAGCGUCGUCGUCUCCGCCUUCGACGUCUCCAGGCGACGAGCACGCAGCGGUGAUCUCAGGCUAAGGAGCAACUAG